AACAAGAAGGCGGCAUAAAAUUUCAAAAAUUGAACUCAUUUUGCAAUCAAAAUUCCCAAUUUGUGCAUCGCAAACUGUCUCUUCUCUUUACUCUGUGACAAUCUGCUCCCAAAUUCAGUCGGGUUUUAGGGUUUUUGUGAAAUCUUGAGGGCUUCCAAAUCCAAUCCAUGGCUAAAAAAAAGGGACGAGUAGAUUCCGAUGGGAGCAAGAAGAAAGACAGAGACGCUGGCAAAGAAGAAGAUGGUGAAAAAGAAAAGUCUGAGGCGAAAGAAGAGGAUGCGAAAGAGGGGAAUGAAAGUUUGAAAAAGGGAUCAAGAAAACGUAACAAAAAUGAGGCUAAAGUGGUGUUACCGCUGUGGAAAAGUGACAGGCCGAUAAGGGAGAGGAAAACAGUGGAAAGAUUUAUGAUGGGGGGCACUCCAAGGGCCUCGCCCAGCAACACAUUGUCAAUUGAAAAGGGCAAAGGGAUGAAACUUAAAGACAUUCCUAAUGUGGCAUUCAAUUUGUCUAAGGCGAAACCUGAUGAGACCCUACAGCUGCUCCACAAUGUUCUUUUUGGCAAGAAAUCUAAGGUGCACACACUCAAGAAAAACAUAGGCCUCUUUUCUGGUUUUGUAUGGGCUGAGAAUGAGGAAAAGCAAAGGACAAAAGUCAAGGAGAAAUUUGAGAAAUGUGUUAAAGAGAAGUUGCUGGCUUUCUGUGAUAUUCUCAAUAUCCCUGUCACCAAAUCGACCACAAAGAAGGAACUUAUAAUAAAGUUGUUGGACUUCUUGGAAUCUCCACAUGCUGCAACAGAUAGCUUGCCUGCUGACAUGGAGAAGGGUAAGAAGCGGAAGAGUACGGAAUCAACAAGCAAAAGUCCUACUUCUUCUAAUGCGACUGCUGGAAAAUCGAAACAGAAACAAAAGUUGAGUUCUCAAUCUGGGAAGAAGUCAAAGCCUUCUAUUGAAGAAGAAGAAGAAGACAAUGAUGGAGAAGGCAAAUCUUUUCAAAUUGACAAUGAUCAUGAUGAUGACAGCACAGUUGGCGAAGGAGAAAGUGAAGAGGAGCAUCGCUCAAAAGAAGCAACAGAUGAUGAUGAUGAUGACAGCACAGUUGGUGAAGGAGAAAGUGAAGAUGAACAUCACUCAGAAGAAGGAACAGAUGAUGAGGACAGCAGAGCUGCUGAGGGAGAAAGUGAAGAGGAGCAUCACUCAGAAGAAGCAACAGAUGAUGAUGAUGAUGACAGCACAGUUGGUGAAGGAGAAAGUGAAGAUGAACAUCACUCAGAAGAAGGAACAGAUGAUGAGGACAACACAGUUGGUGAGGGAGAAAGUGAAGAGGAGCAUCACUCAGAAGAAGCAAAAGAUAAUGAUGAUGAUGACAGCACAUCUGGUGAAGGAGAAACUGAAGAUGAGCAUCACUCAGAAGAAGGAACAGAUGAUGAUGAAGAUGAGCCUGGUAAACAUAUGGAUGUUGAACAAAGUUCCUCAAAGAAAAGUGGUAAGAAAGAUAAUGGUGAGUCUGAGUUGAAGUCUAAUAAGUCUGUUGGUAAAGGAAGCAAUGUAACAGCAUCAAAAACUGGUAAAUCUACUCAAAAGGGUAAAGUUACGACUCGUUCGAGCAAGAAGAAAAAGGAGGAAGACAAUGGUAAAGGGAUGCAACUUAAAGACAUUCCAAACGUGGCAUUCAAGUUGUCUAAGACGAAACCUGAUGAGACCCUACAGCUGCUCCACAACGUCCUUUUUGGCAAGAAAUCUAAGGUGCACACACUCAAGAAAAACAUAGGCCUCUUUUCUGGUUUUGUAUGGGCUAAGAAUGAGCAAAGGACAAAAGUCAAGAAGAAAUUUGAAAACUGUGUCAAAGAGAAGUUGCUCACUUUCUGUGGUAUCCUCAAUAUCCCUGUCACCAAAGCGCCUACAAAGAAGGAACUUAUAACAAAGUUGUUGGAUUUCUUGGAAUCUCCAUAUGCUACAACAGAUAGCUUGCUUGCUGACAUGGAGAAGGGUAAGAAGCGGAAGACCACGGAAUCAACAAGCAAAAGUCCUACUUCUUCUAAUGCGACUGCUGGAAAAUCCAAACAGAAACAAAAGUUGAGUUCUCAAUCUGGGAAGAAGUCAAAGCCUUCUAUAGAAGAAGAACACAAUGAUGAUGACAGCACAGUUGGUGAAGGAGAAAGUGAAGACAAGCAUCAGUCAGAAGAAGCAACAGAUGAUGAUGACGACAGCACAGGUGGUGAAGGAGAAAGUGAAGAUGAGCAUCACUCAGAAGAAGGAACAGAUGAUGAUGAAGAUGAGCCUGCUAAACAUAUGGAUGUUGAGAAAAGUUCCUCAAGGAAAAAUGGUAAGAAAGAUAAUGGGAAGACUGAGUUGAAGUGUAACAAGUCCGUUGGUAAAGGAAGCAAUGUAACAGCAUCAAAAACGGGUAGAUCUUCUAAAAACCCUUCCGGUUCAACAUCACAGAAACAAUCUGAAGCUGAAUCAAGGGGUAAAGUUAUGACCCGUUCGAGCAAGAAGAAAAAGGAGGAAGACAAUGAUGUCCCUACAAAGGGUGCGUCUGCCAGCAAGAAAAAGUCGAGCAAAUCUUCAAAAAAAAGAACAAGUGUUUCGAAUAUAGAAGGGAAAGGGGAAGAUUCAAUAGCAGCUAAAAAACAGCCUAGCAGAGUAGAAAUGCAUGCUGCAGCUACGAAUAUACUGAACGAAGUAGAUUUUGAUGUAGUAAAAGUAGCUGACGUCUUUCGACAACUUGUUCUUGUUGGCUACAAUCAGCUAAGCACUUUGGAGUAGAUCUGAGGCAAAGGAUAGAAGAAGUGAAAGAAAUAAUUGCUGAAGUAAUGGAAAGCAUAUUGAAAAACAUGUCAGACGAUUCUGGGGAUGAAGCACGAAAAGAUGAUGGAGACGACAAACGAUGAGCUUGAAUCAUUUUGUGUACAUUUUGUUACGUACAUUUUGUUACGUAAAUAGUUUUGUAAAAUUAGUUUGAGAAAUUUUAGAGAAGCUGUACAGAAAUUUCGAAGGACUAUGCAAUAAAUUUGUAGAUAUGAUAGUUUUUAACUUUUUUUUUGGGCUCCUUAA